AUGUAGCAUUAAUUGUGUAUUAAUUAAUAAAAAUCAAAACACGUGGACAAAUCAGGUAAAAGUACCUUUGAUAUCAUUAUCGCAAGAUUAGGAUAAGCGCAAGUAGAUAUAUAAAAAACUAAUUGUCUUUAACAACAGUUAUUUGUUGGACAAUUGUAACGCACAGCAAAUAUGAAGUUACUCAUCGUACUAGCUCUCGCCUCCGUGGCUUUGGCCACUCCAGUAGUCAAGCCCGUGGUCAUGCCCGAGGCUCCUCUGCCCGCCUUCGAAGAGGUGCCUUAUGUGCCCAUGAUCGAGCCUGUUGUCAUCAAGCCCCUGUUCGUCCCCCAGGCUGUCUUGGAUGAAAUUUACGCUCAAAUCCCAGUUGCCGUCAAUUUCGUAGACGUUGCCGAAGAGGCUGUUGAGGAUGUUGCUGUUGCCGCUGAAGAAGAAAUCGUUGGCAGUGCCGUCAACUUUGUUGAUGUAGCCGAAGAUGUUGCUGCUGCCGCUGAAGAAGUUGUCGCCGAUGCCGAAGAAGAGGUUGUUCCAGUUGCCGUCAACUUCGUUGAUGUUGCUGAGGAUGUAGACACCGAGGUCGCCGAGGAGGUUGUCGCUGACGCCGAAGAAGAAAUCGUCCCCGUUGCCGUCAACUUUGUUGAUGUUGCUGAGAAUGUAGACAGCGAAGUCGCUGAGGUUGUUGCCGCCGCCGAAGAAGAGAUUGUUCCAGUUGCCGUCAACUUUGUUGAUGUUGCUGAGGAUGUAGACAGCGAGGUCGCUGAGGAGGUUGUCGCUGAUGCCGAAGAAGAGAUCGUGCCCGCUGCCGUCAACUUUGUUGAUGUAGCUGAGGAGGAAGUUGCCCCCGCCGCCGAAGAAGAGAUCGUUCCUGUUAACUUCGUUGAUGUUGCUGAGAAUGUAGACAGCGAGGUCGCUGAGGUUGUUGCCGCCGCCGAAGAAGAGAUCGCGCCCUCUGCCGUCAACUUCGUUGAUGUUGCUGAGGAUGUAGAGAGCGAGGUCGCCGAGGAGGUUGUCGCUGACGCCGAAGAAGAGAUCGUGCCCGCUGCCGUCAACUUUGUUGAUGUUGCCGAGAACGUAGACAGCGAAGUCGCUGAGGUUGUUCCCGCCGCCGAAGAAGCUGUUGCCGUUAACUUUGUUGAUGUUGCUGAGGAUGUAGACAGCGAGGCCGCCUCCGCCGAUGCCGUUAAAUUCGUUGAAGCCAUCGUCUGGUAAUAGCCGAUCCCCUCUGCCCACGCAAGGUCUUUGACAACCAUAUGCCGUUGGCGUUAAGUAUUUAAUUUGUGAAAUAAAUUUUAAUUUCAGUUACAAUUUUUACGACCAUAAAGUAACUUUAUUUUCUCACUGUACACAAUCUCAAAUAUAUAUAUUUUUUUAAAUAACUGUGAAUUUAUACCUUAUCGCAAAUCAAACAAAAGUAACACAGGGUCCAACAAAUAAACUGAUAAAUUCAUAUAUUA